AUGAACAACGUAUUGUUCCAUGUUUCAGGCGAUGAAGAAACAGAAGUUCAGCCAUCAAGCUCAGUCACACGUCUUUCUUCAGAUGAUAUCGAUUUAUAUGGCUUUUGUCCAGAGAGGGAUGAUUUCUAUGGAGUAGUAUGUGAAAUAUGCGAUGCCAUAGUGAAACCGCAAGCUCUCAUUCAACAUAUAGAGUGUCGCCAUUCCGGCAUGGCAAAUUUUCCGCCACCCACGACCCCAGUCACAAAACCGUCCAUAAAAACUCCCUUCUGUAAAGUCUCCAAGCUGAAGAGAAACACUCAACCAUCAGUUCCUUCAGUUUCUGCUUCAAUUCCCAUCGUUGGUAGCGCGAAGCUGAACCACACGACCGUUAAGCGUACUGCGGAUCAGGCGAACUUGUCUGCAGGUGGCUCUCUGCCGAUCUCCUCGUCACCCCGAUCGCCUCUUGAAUCGAUCACGGUACAAACUACCUCUUCUAACAUAGCCGGUGCUUCGAAUAUUAUCAGUGCAUCCACAAGCAGCGGAGGGAGUCCGAGCAAAAGCCCUGGUCCCAGCAGUAACACUGGCAGCAACCAGCCUCGUCGGAAGAGGCUUAAAACGGAUCGCUCGUUGCUCAAAGACCGCGAGUAUGAUCCCGAUCGGCACUGCGGUGUGUUGAACGAGGAGACCGGCAAGCCCUGCACCAGGUCACUCACAUGCAAAGCGCACACUGUCUCGCUGCGCCGAACGGUCGUCGGUCGCAGCAAGACCUUCGACAAGCUCCUCGCGGAACAUCGUGCCGCGAAGGAGCAGCCGAAUAACGGCGGUAGCCGGCAGACAACGAAGGUGACGGUCUCUGGAACCGUCACUGUAUCCUCGGCCGUUACCGCCGCCGCCGCCGCCGCCACCGCCGUAUCCAACCUGAACAAUCCUCUUGCUCCCAACACUCCAGUAUCUAUUGCCGACUCGGAAACGCCGAGCUCACCGCCUGUACUAUCGUUACCGGACACGUAUCCACUGCCAAAGGCUGUUGAUUUGCUUUAUCGGUGUCUGGCCCCGCAUGGCUCCACUAAACCUACCAAACUCGAAGAGGACUUUGUCAAUUCGGAGGAGCUGCGGAAUCUAGAGUCGACGCUGGUGGUCAAUUCUACCAUCGCUGGCAACAGUAGUAGCAAUAGCAGCAGCGGGUCAUCACAACAGCAGUCAAGUUCGAUGAUGGCACCAAUAUCCGUAAUGCUACCGUCACUAUCCCCAUUACCGGGUACCAACAGCGAAGAGUCAUCAGGAAUAGCCACUUUGAUACCAAGUACUACCACGACGCCCACAAUGCCAGUCGUACCGGCACCACUGCCAACCACUUGCAUACAACCACCCACGGUAGUCGCCACUGUGCUCGAAGGCGAGACUCCUGUGGACAUCGAUGCCGAGACCAUAUCCAUGUACUCGCCCGUUUACACUACCAAAGACACUAAAUCCCAACUACUAAUGCAGAUACAGUCACGGCCAAAUAGCCAUUCAUCACAGUCACCAAUCUCAGUCAGGAACUAUCAGCAAAUGCAAGUUUCCAUGCCGAGUCUGAAUUUGUUCGAACCGGUGGAACAGCUGGAGCAACAGCAUGCCAGUCAGAUCAACGGCAAGAGACUGAAUCAUGCGAGCUCGGUAUCGCGGCAACAAAAAAGGCACAAGUCACAACAUGAGCAAUUGUGCCAAUCGUCGCAAGAUUUUCCAACGUCUGCGUCGAUCCAGGUCGAAGCAACGACCACGUCUUCGCCAUAUCCUCACUUCGGCGACAUCUCCUGGUCGAAUUGUCAUCCGGAGCCAUUGGCGGUUAGUCGGUGGCUCCGCAUCUCUUCCAGCCGCAAACAAUACAACUUCAAUAUUCACUGACAUAAGACCCCACCCAC